AAGAAAAAAGCCAAAGAAAAUUCGCUAAAAAAAAAAAUGAUGAUUUCUUCCACCGCCUUAACACUGUCGAACCUCCGUCCAACACCUUCGCCGACCACCGCCUCCCUUCCCGAAUCCAACUCCAAACCUUCAUCUCCAUCCACCUCCGAACCUUCAUCUCCUCCCAAACCGCAGGCUCGAAGAUUCAAACCCAGUCCUCAGCUAAACCGCUGGUCCAGAGCUCGCGCCAUAAGGUCCGGCCAUAAACUAGACCGUCUAAUUCAGCAGCCCAGUGUGGAAAUGAAUCGUUCGAAUAGCUCUCAGCUCGCUAAUAAUGGUUACGAUGGAAGUGAAUUGCAUCUUCUAUCUCCUUCUAACGAAAGCGGGAGUAACGGAGAUGAUUCAACGGACUUGACGGCGGGGAAGUCGAUAUAUAUGGUUUCUGAUGGGACAGGGUGGACGGCCGAGCACUCCGUUAAUGCGGCUUUAGGGCAGUUCGAUUAUUGUUUGGUCGAUCGGGUUUGCCCUGUUAAUACUCACCUGUUCUCCGGAAUUGAUGAUGUUGAGCGCUUGAUGGAGAUUAUCAAGCAAGCAGCCAAGGAAGGUGCAAUGGUUGUGUAUACUUUAGCUGAUCAGUCAAUAGCUGAAACAGCUAGACAAGCAUGUGAGCUUUGGGGCGUAACAUCUACUGAUAUACUUGGUCCUAUAACAGAGGCAAUUGCUUCCCAUCUUGGUGUUUCACCUUCUGGUCUUCCCCGCUGGGCUCCAGGCAGAAAGAACUCCCUUAAUGAGGAGUACUUCCGAAGGAUUGAAGCAAUUGAGUUUACAAUAAAGCAAGAUGAUGGGGCCUUGCCUGAAAACCUGCAUAAGGCUGAUAUUGUUCUUGCUGGUGUAUCUCGUACUGGGAAGACACCACUGUCUAUUUAUCUAUCACAGAAAGGGUACAAAGUGGCAAAUGUUCCGAUUGUAAAGAAUGUAGGGUUGCCAAGGAGUUUAUUUGAGAUUGACCCAGAGAAAGUCUUUGCUUUGACUAUUAACCCUGUUGUCCUUCAAACAAUCAGAAGGGCAAGAGCAAAGACCUUGGGCUUUGAUGAUGAAAUAAGGAGCAACUAUUCUGAAAUGGACUAUGUGAAAGAAGAGCUGGAAUUCGCCAGUAAAACUUUUCAACAAAAUCCCAUCUGGCCGGUGAUUGAAGUUACAGGGAAAGCAAUAGAAGAAACAGCGGCAGUUGUACUAAGGCUAUACCAUGACAGAAAGAACAGAUGCUCAAUGCCGAGAAUUUCCAAACGCUACUAGAAAAUGGAGAUUGAGGGUCCUGAAACCUGUUUUGAUUGGAUCUUGAGCUGAACAAAUAGAUAAUCUAUUUUGUAAACAAGUAUUAUGGAGCAUAAAAAGUUAUUAGUUAGGGGAGCAUGUCUAUGUUGAAAAUUAUCGUGUAGUCAGGUGACUCAGGUGAUAUCUAAGCAUAGCGUAUGAUCUUGAGAAGUUGUAAUAUGUUACGGCCCAUCAUGUUUCUUAAAUGUUGUGCAUGUAAAUAAUUAUGUUUACACCAGAUUAUAGCCUUCUUUUUCACAUACAAGUAUGGUUAAAUAUAAACGUCAAAGCAUUGGAAUCAAUGAGAUUAUAUAUCUUGUAAUGUGAUUAACUAUAGUGAGAAUUUUGAUAGUUUAAUUAAUGUUUUCUGUAUUUGCAACCAUAUAGUGUUUUUGAAUCCUUGCUGCAAAUUUAUGUAAACAUUUGGCAUAUAAAUGCAUUUUGUUUUUACAAUUUA